AUGCUUUUCAACGCGAUUGCAUUGGCACUACUCGCUGGCGCCCAAGCGGUGCUCCCUGUUGUCCAGAUUGGAAACAAGUUUUACCAGGUCGAUGAGGACUAUAACAAAAUGGGCAAGCAGUUCACGAUUGUUGGCGUCGACUACCAGAUUGGUGGUUCGUCUUCAUUUCAGGUGAACGGGGACUCAGACGUGCUGUCUAACGGUCAGAUUUGUCUGCGUGAUGCCUAUGCUCUCCAGAAGCUUGGCGCUAAUACUAUUCGUGUCUAUUCGGUUUCUCCCUGGCUCAACCAUGACGAGUGCAUGAGUAUCUUCAACGAUGCUGGUAUCUAUGUCAUAGUUGAUCUCAACAACCCGUACCAGUCAUUGACGCGUCAGGACCCGGGCAACUCCUACAAUGAGGGCUACCUGAACAAUGUGUUCGGUCUGGUUGAUGCGUUCAAAUACUACCCCAACCUGCUUGGUUUCUUUGCGGGCAACGAGGUUGUUAACCAGGAUUCUGACCAGGACGUGCCCAAGUACCUCCGCGCUGUUCAGCGUGACGUAAAGCAGUAUAUUAACCUGCAUGCUAACCGUACUAUCCCCGUUGGUUACUCGGCUGCUUCCAUUGAGGAGUACCGCUACACCCUGUGGAAUUAUUUGCAGUGCGGUGACGAGGCUUCUACCGCCGACUUUUACGGUCUCAACUCCUAUGAAUGGUGCGGUAAUAAUGAUUGGGAAAGCUCUGGCUACGGGACAAUGAAAAGUAACUUUGGCAACAGCUCUAUCCCGGUAUUCUUCUCCGAGUACGGCUGCAACAAACCCGAGCCUCGUGAGUUCAAUGAGGUCACUGAGGGUCUCUACGACCCGCAGGGUCUUGGUAAUGUUUUCUCUGGUGGCCUCGUUUAUGAGUAUGCUGAGGAGGCCAACCAGUAUGGUCUGGUCGAUAUUGACGAUAACGGCGACGUUCAGUACAAGCAAGACUACGUCAACCUCAAGAGCAAGCUUUCUCAGAUCUCCCUCCCUAAUACAACGCAACCCAGCCCCAACAACACCGUCAGUCCUCCUUCGUGUUCUGGCCUUGAUACCAUUAUCGAUGACUUUGAUCUCCCCGACUGCCCUGCCCCGGAUAUGCUCCAGAAUGGCGGUGGUAACCGUAAUAUCGGCCAUCUCAUCGAUAUCAGCAACAUCAAAAACAAUUACACCAUCGAAGAUGUUGCGGGCAAUACCCAAAGCGGCUCGGUUGAAUUGACCUACACUACUAAUUGGCAGUACAACGUUCCUGAACGUAAAAUUCAGACCGAUGCCUCCUCCUCGUCCGCUGCUUCCACUUCCGCCGCCUCUUCAUCUUCUCAGUCCGCCUCGGCCACUGCUGCUUCUAGCUCCGGCAAGAAGAAGAACGCCGCCGUGCCCACACAGAUGCCUGUUGGCGCCGCUUUAGCUGCUAUGGCUGGUUUAGCGUUCCUGUAA